AUGUGGGGCAAAGUUUUAUUAAAGAAGAAACAAAAUGCAACUAAAACUUCUCGACAGUCGAACCUCGUGCGUAUGCGCAGGUCCGCGCUCGGGAAGUCAGCACCUACACUCUCUGUUCACGUCAAGGAGACAUGUGCUGUGUCUCGGCGGCCAUCGAGGCUGCCACCGCCGCCCCCGCACCACCGGCUUUCACUAGUGGUCGGGUCAGGCCGUUGCAGUUCCCCAGGCACGGGACCUCUAUCACCAGCUGAUGGUCCUCGAUGGCCACACGUGCACCAUCCCCAUCCCCUGCACCACGCACUCCUGUCAUCCAGCGUCAAACGAGGGAAGGAGCUGUGA